CAAGGAGGGCGUGGAAACUUGAAUUCCCAAGGACAGGGUGGAUACCAGAGCCAAGUCGAGCACUGGCAAAACCAAGGAUAUAAUACUUAUAAUAACAGCCAUGGUUACGAACAUUCCCAACAGGAUGGACAAAGAAAUAAUGAAUUGAGCAAUAGAUCUACUGGAAACCAGCAACAAAGGCAUGGCAAUGGUAAAGAUGUUCAUAGGUCACGAAGCCAUGAGAGGCAAGUGAGACAUGAUGGCCAUAGAAGUCCUUCCUUAGACCGUCAGAAUCACAGAUCUCGAUCUGGUGACAGAAGGCCCUUUGAUCAAUCCCCAAGCAGGAGUUCUGGGUCUUCUUUCCAAGUUUCCAGGCAAAUAGAUCAGCAGCUUGGAACCCAAUGCAGCUCACACAGGAAGGGCAGGAAUGAUGACGCUUUAGUUUUCCUUUCAAAGACGCUGUCUUCAAUCCUUCGGCAUAAUGCUGCAAAAUUUGGUCUCGAGUUAAUGAAAGAUGGAUUCUUGCAUGUUGAUGAGAUCUUUCUCAAGGUCCCCGAGCUUCGUUCAUAUACCCUAGAAGAUAUACAACAUGUUGUAAAAAGUAACGAAAAGCAGAGAUUUGCCUUAGAACAAGAGGACAAUGGUCAUUGGAAGAUCCGAGCCAAUCAAGCACACAGUAUACAGGUUCGGUUUCCAACAGUGGCAAAAAAUGAUUACAAAAAUGUUAAGGUAGAUGAAUUGGACCUGCAACCGAUAAAAUCAGCAAACGAAAUCAGCACGGUCAUUCACGGCACUUACUAUAAGAGUUGGGAGAUGAUCCAGAAAACGGGCUUGAGGCGAAUGAAUAGAAACCAUAUCCACUUUGCUGCAGGCCUGCCAGGGCAGGGAGGCGUGAUCAGUGGAAUGAGAUCAUCGUGUGAAGUUAUCAUUUACCUGAACUUGAAGAAAGCUUUAGAAGACGGUAUUCCUUUUUUCCGGUCGGCGAAUAAUGUGAUCUUGUCGCCAGGCAACAAGGAUGGAAUAAUCUUCCCUCGCUAUUUUGAGGGAGUACAGGACAGAGUGCAAAACUGUCGUAUGCAGUUCAAUGAAAAGAUCAACUCCGGCAUCAAGGCAGGGCCUGCAGAAACUGGCAGGAAGAGGAAGAAUAAAAAGAAGAAGAAAGAGAAGAAGAACGAAGGUCAAGAUGAUGGGCCAGAUGCAUCUGACGAAGACACCCAGCCGUCCCUUGAAACGGGUCAUGAUGAGUCGCCCUCUAAAUAUGACGAACCCAGAACCAUAGGUAAGGCAAACGACACACAGCCCAAUGCUCAGACAAAGGGUGAAGAUGUGACAGUAACACCUGCCAUGGAUCAGCCAAAUGGAGCUCAACAGGAUAUUCAGAUGAAGAGUAAAGAUGUUUCCGUAAAACCUACCACGAGUAAAGCAAAUGAUGUUCAGCCUGAUGCUCCUGCAAAGAGUGAUGAUGAUGCAAAAGCAGCUUCUGCAUCUAACACUCCUGCUGAAACAAUGGUAUGGAAGGAACCAGUGAUGGUAACUGAAGCUGCUACUUCAAGAACGAUUGUGAAAGACGUUAUACGCCAAAACCCGUCUCAUAUGGUUGUUGUAUGUUGCGGAGAGAAAUUUGGAAAUGAAGACUCAAAGGUUCGCUUAAUUGCCGUCUUCGAAAAACCAAACAUUAUGGUUUAUUACCUUGACGACGAUAACAGAGAGAUUGUUAGGGAAGGAGAAUUGAAUACACUGCUGAACACAAGGCUUAUUCCUAAGGUUUUCCACAACAUCCGCGACGUUUCCAUGAGUCUUAUGAUGGAAUUUGGUAUAUUGCUGGACGGAACACCUAUCUGGGACAUAAAGGUGCCAAUCGCUUGUCCAUUUAUCACAGCAAGGGGCAAAACUUGA